AUGGACAUUGAUGUUGAUGAUUGUGAUGAAGAAAAUGAUGAUGGUGGUGGUGAUGAUGAUGAUGAUAAUGAUGAUGAUGGUAAUGAUGGUAAAAGCGGUGAAAAUGAUCGUAAUGUCGGUGAAAACGAUAAUGAUGGUGAUGAUGAUGAUGAUGGUGGUGAUGGUGGUGGUGGUAAUGGUGGUAAUGGCGGUGAAAAUGAUGAAGAUGAUGAUGAUGGUGGUGGUAAUGAUGGUGAUGAUAGUGAUGAUGAUGAUGGUGGUGAUGACCUUUCAUAUAUAGAUCCAUUACUUAGAGACUCUCAGAAUGGCUUCCGACAGGAACAAUCAACUAGAGGUAAGAUCCUGGCACUUUGGAGAAUAUUUGAAGGAGAAAGAGUUCUUGAGGUGCAGAUCGACGAUUGCAUCGACAGACCAGGACAUCAGGAUUGGACGUGCCCUCGCAUGGAAUGCAUUGCAUAG